CUGCCGUCACAAAACCGAACCCCGAACCGCUAGCGGAAUGUGAUAUUGGGAGAUAAUAAUUUCGUGAAUCAUUAUACAUCACCACUUUUUUAAGCGGUGUUGCCGCUGCCUCUCUUCCCUCUCCCAUCUCUCUCUCUCCUCUCUCUCUCUCUCGGUUAUAUGAACUAAGGACAUAUUUCCCCCCACCCGGGACUAUACCCUCCCAUACACCAUCCCGCAGUCUUGUGAAGCUUGCGAGUGAGUGUCGUCGCUGGAGGAGGAGGAGUCGUUCGGUGCCGCUCUCCAAGACCACGCAGGUGUGGAAACGAUGUCUCGGCCGGUAAGCCUGGAGGCAGACGUGGGGAAGAUCCUGUGGGCGGUGUCUGCGGCGCUCUUCUGCUGCCUCUGCGGGCUGUGGGCGCUGCGUGCCUUCAUAAACCUCCCGCCGGGACCCUGGGGACUUCCUGUGGUUGGAUAUUUACCAUGGUUGAACCCUCGAACCCCGCACUUGACAAUGGUGAGGCUGGUGGAGCGAUAUGGCCGCCUCUUCAGCCUCAGGAUGGGAGGAGUGUUGGUGGUGGUGAUGGCUGACCCGCACACCAUACGCGAGGUUCUCGCUCAGAGGUCAACCACUGGGAGGGCACCACUCUUCCUCACACACGGGAUCAUGAAGGGAUACGGUCUCAUCUGCUCGGAGGGCGACCUGUGGCGAGAACACCGGAAAUUCGUGUUGGGUUUCAUGCGGGACCAUGGCAUGAGGACCACGGCCACCAGGGCGGCCAUGGAGCCCCAGAUCCACGCCGUGGCCACCCACCUGACGCAGGAGCUGGCGGAGAGUCGAGGGACGCCGGUGGACAUCUCCCACCACCUGUUGCAUCACGUCGGCAACACCAUGAAUCACCUGAUUUUCGGCAUCACCUACAGGGAGGAGGACCCAAAGUGGCGUUGGCUCCGCCUCCUGUUGGAGGAAGGAACGAAGCUCGUGGGUGUCUCAGGGCCUCUCAACUUCCUUCCCUGGCUUAGAUUCUUGCCCACCUACCGCAGCGUGAUCAAGUUCAUAACGGAGAACCAGAGCAAGACUCACCAGGAGUACCAGAGCAUCAUCACAGAUCACGAGAAGCGGAUAUCUUCCGGCGUGUCCGUGGAGAGUCCCCCGGACGCCCCCGAGGCCGAGAGAGGAGCUCCUGAGGUUGCGUUAUCCCGGACACAAGAGGAGGAGGAGGAGCCCUGCCAGGAGGUUCCUGAUGGGGACGAGGCUAGCGGUGCUCGUCUGGCGGAGGACCAGAGCGGGGAGAUGGUGUCCUCGUCUAAGGUUCCUCUUCAUAUUGUCGACGCCUACGUCAGG